GAAACUGUGAACAAGAUGCCUAGUAUUCUGUGUGAAAUCUGAAGUGCAUGACGAGUAUACAUGUUUUCUCAGACUUUUGUUUUCUGAAGGUUUCAUUUCAGACCAUUCCGUUUUUUCCCUAUCACAGAGAGGUCCUGGAGCAUUUUACUCGCUAGAAACGGAACGGGUGGAGAGGACGAAUCUCUCUAAACGGCCGUGACUGGAGCUUUCCGAUCCGUUGUUUCUUGUAUCGUCCAUCGGUACUGGCGCAUGGUGCUGUGUUCCUGUGGGACCCCUUUGCGACACGGCGAGCCGAUUGUGUGAGAGUUUCUUUCUAUCACACUCUUACUUUCGCUCUCUCAGCUUCAUACACAAUCAAUCUCUAUCCUAUCAUACAAUUUCUUUCAUCCUCCGUGAAUCAGACGCUGUGAGUGGAAUCACCUUCCGAACCGAUCAAUUCCCCAUCCAACGAAGCAAACCUAAGUUUCAACCCUGGAUUCAAUACUUUUAAUCAAUGGACAGGAUCCCUUUGCCAUCCAGGCAAGAUACAGACACAACAUAAACAGCCCACAUUCUCUGGUGGGAGCUCCACUUGGUGGCUGGCAAGGGAUGGAGCGCGGCUGUGAGAGCCCUCGGCGAUGGGACAGCCCUGAGCAGCGUGGUGGAAGCCCGGAGCUCAGUGGGCCCCCACCAGGGAAGAUCACCCGCCUGGAGCUCAAUGGGAGCCCCACUGGACCACGGAGCAGUCACAACGGCGCCCCCCCAAGGCCCCUUGGAGGUCUGAUGAUUCCAGUGUUCUGUGUGGUGGAGCAGGUGGAUGGGGGUGUGUCCUCUGAAAGGGGUGUGGCCACAGACAGCGAAUGGCGGGAGGAGCAUGCAGAGUUUGUGUUGGUGCGCAGGGACAUCCUCUUUUCUCAGCUGGUGGAGACUGCCCUUUUGGCCUUGGGCUAUUCACACACUUCUGCAGCCCAGGCACAAGGUAUCAUCAAAGUGGGCCGCUGGAAACCACUGCCCAUCCGCUGCCUGACAGAUGCUUCUGAGGCCACUGUGGGUGACAUGUUGCUGGAUGUCUACCAUAUGGUCACCUUGCGCAUACAGCUGCAGAGCUUUUCCAAGCUGGAGGACCUGCCGUCGGAGCAGUGGAACCAUGCCACUGUGCGCAAUGCCCUCAAGGAGCUGCUAAAAGAGAUGAAUCAGAGCUCACUGGCCAAAGAGUGCCCUCUAUCUCAGAGCAUGAUCUCUUCCAUUGUAAACAGCUCCUACUAUGCCAAUGUCUCCAAUUCCAAGUGCCAAGAGUUUGGCCGUUGGUACAAGAAGUACAAGAAAGCCAAAGGGGAUUACCUGGAAAAGACAUGGUCUGGGCGAGAAAAAUCUGACAUCAAAGUGGAGAGGGAGAGCCUGGCUGACAUCUGCAUGCUGGGUCAACGCCCCCCACCUCACCUGCAGGCCCCAGCCCAACUGGGCUCCCCAGUGGGUAUAGGGAGUCUGGUAAAGGGACCGGCAGAGUCGCCCUCUUCAGGCCAUCAGCCGCAGCAGCAGCAAUCCCAGCAGCCUCCGCUCCACCACAGCCCUCCUCUGCGUGCCCAAGUGCCCCUGUUAACUCCGGGGGGGCUUCUGUCCCCCCAGCUGAGCCCCCAGCUGGUGCGGCAGCAGCUGGCAAUGGCCCACAUCCUCAAUCAGCAGCUGGCUGUGAGUCGCCUGCUGGCCCAGCAGCACCCCUCUGCCCUGGGCCCCCCGUACCUCGGCCAUCCGCCAUCGCCGGCUGCUGCCCGCACCCCCACCAAGGCCGGCGACCCAGCCGCCGCAGACGUCUCCCCCGACAUCUACCAGCAAGUCCGCGACGAGCUGAAGCGCGCCAGCGUCUCACAGGCCGUCUUUGCCCGCGUGGCCUUCAAUCGCACACAGGGCCUGUUAUCUGAGAUCCUGCGUAAAGAGGAGGACCCGCGCUCAGCGUCUCAGUCCCUGCUGGUGAAUCUCAAGGCCAUGCAGAACUUCCUCAACCUGCCCGAGUCCGAUCGCGACCGCAUUUACCAGGAGGAGCGUGAGCGUAGCAUGAAUCCUCAGGUCGGCUUGCCGGCCUCCGCUGCCAUCCCCACCGGGGGGCCCCGUCUCCCCCAGCCAAAGCCCGUUGGCCCCAGCCCUGAGAUGCCCCUGAAGCUGGAGACCCUGGUCAGCAUCUCCUCAGGCAUCUAUGAUGAGAUCCAGCAGGAGAUGAAGCGGGCCAAGGUCUCCCAGGCCCUGUUUGCCAAGGUGGCAGCCAACAAGAGCCAGGGCUGGCUUUGCGAGCUCCUGCGCUGGAAGGAGAACCCCACCCCGGAGAACCGGACCCUCUGGGACAACCUGUGCACCAUCCGGCGCUUCCUAACUUUGCCCCAAGCAGACCGAGACCUGGCCUAUGAGGAGGAGUCCCGACACCAGCACCAUGGCGAAUGGCCACACACCGUGCUGCACCCCCUCCCAGAGCCACAGGCACUCACCAGGCAACCCACCCAGCCCUCAAAAGACCCCUCCUCUAUAAGCGAAGACUCAGUACCUGCCUCAAAUGCAAGCUCAGGAAUUAAAGAAGGGGUACAGGCCGGAGCGGGUGGACCCAAGAAGCCCCGUCUGAGGACCAAGAUCUCUCUGGAGUCACUAGGUAUUCUGCAGAGCUUCAUCCAGGACGUGGGUCUGUACCCUGACCAAGAGGCCGUCCAUACACUGUCCGCACAGCUGGACUUGCCCAAACACACUGUUGUCAAGUUCUUCCAAAACCAGCGCUACUACGUGAAGCACCACGGUAAACUGACAGAGCUUGGUGACGCAGCCGGGGACGUCUCAGAAUACCGCGACGAGGAGCUUCCCUCGGGCUCUGAGGAUGCCGAGUCCAUCGAGGAGAGCAACCACGAAGGGGAGCGUUUCGUCUCAGAGACAAGGAGUGGCCCCAGUGAUGCCAAGGAGCGAGCCCAGAUCCUGACUGCCAGCCCAGGAGGAAAUCCCCCCAGCCCCCAGGACACUGGAGAACACCAGAGAUAAUUCAGCAAGAACAAAAACAGAGAGGGGGGUGCAGAGGGAAUGAAGGGGUGAAAUGUGGACCACAACAGUGAAUAGCUGAGAGGGGGGGGCAGUGGUUAGCUGAGAAAAGAGAAAUGCAUCCAAGAGUCUGGUAAAAGGCCAUGAUAGACCAGGGUAGAGCAGGGGGAGCUUAAGGAAGCUAAAGCGGAGCUAGAGGGAAAAUGCAAUGAAAACACAAUGUAAUACCUCAGAAGUAAGGAGGAUGGGUAUGUGUAUGUGCGUCUAAGAGGGAGCUCUGUCCUGUAACACUGUUCUUAGUAUAUACAUUUUGAAAGGUGGGUUUUCCCAAUAGGGGCCUACUGAACUGAGUCAGUGGCUGGGUCACCUGCUAUCUCAGCAGUCAGUGGCGUAUCUCCUUUGGCUGCUCCCUCCCAAUGCCCUGCAUGUGCCCAUGUGGAGAUUGCCAAAAGUCAGCUGCUAUUUUGCCUGAUUACAAGGGACUAAGCUGAAGAUGACAGCGGGAACCAUCCAUCCAGACAUCCAAAGCCAAGACGGCAGGGCCUGUAAGAGGCUGAGAGCAGUUGUCCCUCUGGCUGUGGAUCCUACGCGGCCGUCGGGAGUCCCUGACUGUGGCUGUCUCGGGGUUUAUACACAGUAUAUUUUGGAGUCACUGUGAUGGUUGAUAUCAACGUUUCUUCAAACAAAUGUGGUUUGCUGACAUCUUGAAGAUGUCAGUCAACCUCCAGCCCAUUUCCGGCCUUCUCUAAAUUGGUUACAUUCCCCAUCACCACUUCCCCCACCAGCCUGUGGGGGUGGGAGAGAAGUUCAAUGCUGAGCUGAAACCCCCCUUCAGCAGGAACCCCUCACAUUCUGCACUUUAAAAGAAACCCGGGCGAUGCAGCCGCCUUCCCCGGUUGUUCUCUGUUAAUUUUCAUCACAAGGGAGACAGAAAUCCAUAUGUUGUCAUCUGGAACAUUCUCUGCACCCUUUUUCCAUCACUGUUAACACAGCUCCAGUCUCUCUGCACCAAACAACAAACAGGAUGGCAGUUUCAGAUACUGGCACCUGAGGACCACAAAAGAGACAGAGACCUACGUGCCAGUCACAUGACCUUUGUGUGCAUUCCCGGGUUCUAUUUGUUUGUGUUUGUCUUUGCAGGUCUUUACCUGUAGUACAGGCCAGGAUGGAGGAAAUACAGUGUGUUUAAUGACAAAAUGCUGAUGCAAAAAUCAGGGACAUAAAAAUGAUAAAAAGUCAAAAUACAUCCAUAUAUUAAUGUUUAAACCUUUCCAUAACUGAAUAGAGAUUCCCAUAUUUGUGGUAACAGGAAGUAAAUGGCCUUCUGUCAUUAUCUCUGAUUGGAUUGGCACUCCUUAUUCCAAUGGACACCAUGAAGUUAAUUUCACACCCUAUUUAUUGUUCCCAUUAUCCAUAGGUAAUAGUGUUAGUGUCAAUAUCGUUAUCAUCUUUGUUUUUUCAUUGUGUUACUGUUGUUUUUGUUUGCCUGAUGUCAAUUUUUAACAGGUGGCAGUUGCUCUGGAAAUAAUAUAAUGAGAAAUUGCCAAAAUUAAGUAUGAAAGAGAAGUAGUUACUGAAGUCAUGAAAUACUGCAGUAUUAUUUGCAUCAUCUUUUAUAAGGGGACGAUUCCAAGUAAAAAGCAACUGGGCAUAAUUGGAGCAGAACCUUCUAGGCUUCUAAGAUUGAUAUUUAGUUUGGAUUAUUGAACCUUUAAUGAUAAUGUCCAGCUUCAGUAGAGGGGUACAUUGUCUUUUUUCCAUGAUUCCAGCUAUACUUUUCACAUGAUUCAGUCAUGUCAGAGAGGGUCAUGUAGAGCGAGGGCCUAGUGCUCUUUCAGGGGAAGCAUAUCAGAGAGGGUCAUGUAGAGCGUAGGCCUAGUGCUCUUUCAGGGGAAGCAUGUCAGAGAGGGUCAUGUAGGGCUUGGGCCCAGUGCUCUUUCAGGGGAAGCAUGUCAGAGAGGGUCAUGUAGAGCGAGGGUCUAGUGCUCUUUCAGGGGAAGCAUAUCAGAGAGGGUCAUGUAGAGCGUGGGCCCAGUGCUCUUUCAGGGGAAGCAUAUCAGAGUGGGUCAUGUAGAGCGUGGGCCCAGUGCUCUUUCAGGGGAAGCAUAUCAGAGAGGGUCAUGUAGAGCGAGGGCCCAGUGCUCUUUCAGGGAAAUUUCCUGAUCUAUGGCCAGAUGUGUGAAAUGAUAUGGGGCCUCAGGCCAGGUCCACCCAGCACACUUGGGUCCACCUUCUUGAUGUGAUCCUUUGGAUUUAAACCUGUGAAGUGCAUGUUUCUUUUUGUUUAUUUUGCUGAAUUGCUUUUAACAUGCAACUGUAAGAACAGGGUGGAGUUAUGUGGCCUCUCAGGAAGUGAGUAUAUAACGAGUGUUAGACAGCUUGGUACAUGUACACAUGCGGACACACAUGUACACACAUAGACACACGCGGACACACAUGUACACACAUAGACACACACGGACACACAUGUACACACAUAGGCACACACGGACACACAUGU